AUGACGUUGACCGCCGGAGGAAUUUUACUACAAAAUCAACAAGACUAUGAAGAGGCUGUGGAGAGCUUUCGAAAAGCUAUUCAGUUUCGGCCAUCCCUGGCAUUGGCCUACCUCAACUUGGGAACAUCGUUGAUAGCACUCGGCCGUUGCCAGGAAGCGGCGAGCGUUCUUCGGGAGGGCUCCAAGCUGGACGGAGUCGGUUUGCGCGAUCGGGCAGCCCAUGACAACGCCCGGAUAAGUGCCCUACUGCAGCUCGGUAACCUGUACGCCGACCAGGGCAAGCUGCAGCGAGCCCUGGCUGUCUACCGGGAGGCGUUGCACAUCCUGCCCGAUCGCUACCCGCCGCAGGGAAUCUAUCACCGGUUGGGAGAAGUUUUCGCCCGACUCAACCAGUGGUCGGAGGCAGAGCGUUUCCAGCGGGCAGCUUUGGAGGCUCAACCGGACCACAUAGCGGCGCACAUAUCCUACGGUUCGAUGCUGGCGAGGAAUAGCAGCCGAACUUCGGAAGCUGAGCAGUGGUUUAAGCGGGCCCUAAGGUUAGCGCCUGCCGAUGCCAGUGUACAUCAUCACUAUGCGGAAUUCCUUGCCUCCGUUCGUCGCACCGCAGAAGCCUGUCAGUAUCGCGUGAAAGCAGCCGAGUUGGCCCCGGAUGAUUACUCCCUGGUGACGGCCGCAGCUUCAGCGCUCCGUUUGCUCGACCGAAAGGUCGAAGCGGAACGGUGGUAUAGACAGGCUGUCACUCUACGCCCGGAAGAAGCACGUUCCCACACGAAUCUCGGUGCCAUUCUUCAUCUGCUGGGCCGUCCCCAAGAGGCCGCAAUCAGCUACAAGGAAGCCCUACGGCUGCAACCCAACGAUCUGACAACGCUGACCAAUCUGGCCAAGCUGGGAAUCGCGGAAGUGUCCUGAAAUACAAUCCCUGGUCCGUUGGGGCCACCGGCGGUUGAGGAAGACGACUUAAGCUAGCUUUGCGAACGGAUGCUCUAGAAAGAUUGUAAAUGGCUGUAUAAUAACCUGAAGCGUUGAAGUGUACUGUACAUACUGAUGAUGUAUUGUUGUUUUUUGGAUGCAUGGUCUGAACAAAAGAAACAAUAAUCAGCUGUAAAUGGAGAUAGAAGAAAAACUGUAAAAACUGAAAAAUGAUAAAGGAAAAAACGAGGAAAAGAAAGGAUCAUAGCUAGUACAAGUUUGAACUAUCAAAAGACAGAAUUUUUGUAUUGAAUAAUAUAUGAAAAGAUUAAUAUCUAAGUUCAAUCUAAGUAUCGUUAAUUACCCUGCCAAAAGAGGGGCUAAUCAAAAUCAGACUUAUAACAGUAAGACAAGAAUAAGAAAUACAACAAAGGUGACAAAUUAGCUAGCCUAAGGAGAAACUGUACCAUACAGAUGCUAAGUUUAAGAAGAGUAUAUACUUAGUGAAACACAGAAUAGGACAAAUAAUAGAAAGCCAAAAGCUUUGUUAAGUUUCUACUAAAUGAUGGAUUUUGUUUGUGCAUAAAAUUAUUAGCAAUUAUGUAAAAAAAUGAUAUCUUUCAGUGUGCAUCGAAGAUUUGACAAGUUAUUUAAAGUAUUCAAUCAGCAGUAAAACGUACUUUUGUUGCUGAUUGUCUCCUAAAGAUAAUUGUCAAUGCUCUUAACCCCUGACGUAACUGAAACAACCGCAUUCUAUCAAGCAUCACUCAUAUCGAUUAAAAACUCAUCUUGGAUUAAAAAUGACAUAAGCUAAAAAUAAAAACAGACCUUUCAAGUGUAGUUUGUUGAUAAAUGAGCAUGAGCGAAGCCCAUCAGCCACAAUCACCCAAAACACAGGCGAGCAUAUGCAAUUACGCAAGAAUAAAACGUGUGCAACGGCAGUCAACAAAUGAAGAAUAAAUUGUAUUUAAAAUGCCGCAUGAUCAAAGCUGCGGUUAAAAAAAAAACGGAAUUAACGAUGCCAUGAAUGGUGCUCCCCAAUCACAAACACUCCAACGCAGUUUAUCCAGAGCAAGCAGACAGUAUCAUUCAAACCAGUGCAAAUCGACGCUGUACUUAACAAAAAAAAAUGCGACAGGGGUGCGAGUAUAGCGAACGAAUGAAUUAAAUUUAUAACAAAAUAAUUCAA